UUUCGUUCGCAGAUCCCAACUGUUAUUUAAAAAUGUGCGAUUACGAGCAUGAAUACUCUUUCACUUUUGAUGAGAGCACAAUCGAAAAUGAGCUCAAUUUUCGAUCGUGGGACUGUGGAUUUGAGAGUCUGUGGCAGAAGAUUAGUGAGGAGCUGCGGCGAGAGCAGGAAAAUAACGAGCUUGGUCAAAUGUUUCAGGAGAAGCUAAUUCUGCAGUGCCACACUCAAAUUGACUCGUAAAACUCACAUAAACUUUACUUAUACAUAUUGUUAAUUUUUGUUAUUAUUGUUUAGUUUUUAGCAUUUUCGACAAAUGCAUUUUGAAUUGUUUUUAACUACAGCCAUCGCAUUCUUUGCUAUAUAAGAUAAUGGAUAUACAGUCCGAUCGCAAUUUUGUUCAUAUUUUGUAAGCUUAUCGUUACAAUGCUGUACGAGCACUAAGUUCAAUGUUCUCGUUAGUCAAAUAUUGUACAGUCUAUAUAAUUGUAAGCUCGAUUGUUUCUUAUCAACAUGUUUCGGUUCAUAGCAAAGUGCUAUCGAUUAUCAAUGUAUAAUUAAAUUUAUUUCAUAAUUUAUGUAAUUCUCGCACCGAAAGUGUUUUUUCCGUAUUCUUUCCAUCCAUUAUGAGAAGAAUAUACACAUUAUCAGAAAAUAAAAAUACUGUAAAUAUGAGGUAUAAUUAUCAA